GGUGUUCCAGGUCCUCCAGUUUCUUCAUAAGCUAACUUCUUAACCGGGAUAAAUUAACUGUGUUUAAAAACUAAACAUGAAAUAAUGAGGAAAUUAAUGAAAGAGGGGGAAAAAAUACAAACGCUGCAUUUGCAUCGUCGGCGCCAGGGGCAGAAUGUCAGGUUAACAUGUUACAACUUGUUUGGCAACUUGAGGUGUUCGCUUCUUGGCCGUGGGAAGGCUUAGAUUUCAGAAGUGCUUCAGCUGAGCAGCUCAUAAAGCCACUGAAUCUGAUGUUAUCUUGCUUCGUAAAGCGUGGCUCCUCCAUCCCUCCAAAAAAUCUAAACAAAAAUGGCUCCUGAUCCGAACAACAGAAUGUGUGAGCGUAGCCCUCCUGCUCUGCAUCCCCAUGCUAAUGGUAAUGUGACCAUGGUGGGUGUUGGUGUCAAGCUGGAGGAGGAGGAGUCUGGAGAAGGAGGCGGAGUCAGAGAGCGUGAGUCACGUCAAUCUUCGCCCUCUUCUGCCUGGUCGGUGCGUCAACCAAUUGAACGAGGGGAUGAUGAAAAGCCUACAUCCCUCAUCUCUCGAUCUCCUUUGGCAAGUUCUCCCAGUAAAGAGAGGCCACACACGCUCAGUCCUUCCAGUCUGGAUGGAGUGAACAGAGCCCAGGACAGGCCUGAAGCCCAGCCCAACGUCAGCGAGGUUCUGCCCACCAUCGAGAAACUGCUGAAUGCAGACUGGCGAGAAAAGAUUUUGGGAAAAGGAUUCCAGAGCACUGCUAAUGUCAAAGGCACUCAGGAGAGCCUGGCUGAGAAGGAGCUGCAGCUGUUGCUGAUGAUUAACCAGUUGUCUGGGUUGAGGGAGCAGUUGCUGGGAGCACACUCGGAGCAGAGGAACAUGGCUGCUCUGCUGCUGGAGAAACAGCAGCAGCAGAUGGAGCUGGCACGGCAGCAACAGGAACAGAUUGCCAAACAGCAGCAGCAGCUAAUACAGCAGCAGCAUAAGAUCAACCUUCUACAGCAGCAGAUCCAGCAGGUGAACUUGCCCUAUGUGAUGAUCCCUGCCUUCCACCCCAACACACAGCCACUGCCCGUGUCCACUGAAGCACAGAUGGGCCUGCCCCUUCAGCCUAUUCCCUGUAAGCCAGUUGAAUAUCCCAUGCAGCUACUCCCGAACCCCCACUCCACGCCUGUCAAAAGAUCCAGCGGUACAGUCUUUCGACAGGAGAGCACUCAGCCCCUGAACCUCACAGCUAAACCCAAGACCCCCAGCCCACAGACUCUGGAGCUGACCUCUGCCCACCUGCAGCCCAGCUACAGGCCCAGAGAGCUGUCCCACAGCCCCCCCAGACCUUCGCUUAGCCUGGGCUUCUUGGGUGAGGGGGACGUUGUGACCCAAGCCAUCCACGAUGCCCAGCAGCUGUUGCGUGGAGGCCAGGGCCCAGCGGGCCGAGAAAGGGACCGGGAUAGGGACAGUAGCACGAGGCUGAGCGACUAUAAUAAGGAGGUGUCCCGAGCUGACCGGCUGUCUCACAUGGACCGCAGUGAAGAUGGACAGUCAAUGAGAACGAACGAGGAGCACCUCAGCAGUGAUUCUGAAGGGCAGAUCACAGUUCCUGGAGUGGGGGGCUACAGUGACAGCCGGACCACCUCUUCUGGGCAUAUCAAGAGGCCCAUGAACGCGUUCAUGGUGUGGGCCAAAGACGAGCGCCGCCGAAUCCUGCAGGCUUUUCCCGACAUGCACAACUCCAGCAUCAGCAAGAUCCUGGGCUCACGCUGGAAGUCCAUGUCCAACCAGGAGAAGCAGCCGUACUAUGAGGAGCAGGCCAGGCUGAGCCGGCAGCAUCUGGAGCGCUAUCCCGACUACAAAUACAAACCCCGGCCCAAGCGCACCUGCAUCGUAGAGGGCAGGCGGCUGCGCGUGGGCGAGUAUAAGGCCAUGAUGAAGAGCCGGAGACAGGAGCAGCGCGCCUCAUACCCACCCAGCCAAUCAGAGCAGCAACUGCAUUACCCCUCAGCUGAGGGUCAGUACCCCAGCACUCCGGUCUCCAUGGCCCUCCCCCUGCACCCUGCACUGCUGGAGCACUACCUGCCCCGUCCCCUGGAGCCCCCGCAGGGCCGAGGCCACGACGAGCCGGAAGCCAGAGCCAAGCAGCCUUACAGCGAGGGAGAGGACAGCGACGGAGGAGAGCGGAGCGAGGGGGAGCUGGUGGUCCUCACUGACUGAGAGAGAGGGGACAGGGAGGAAUUUCUGUACAUGCAGUGAGGAAACUUUGGGGUGUGGGGGGUCAGUGGGGGUUAUUUUGAAGUGGUUCAGUUUGAGGGUCUCGGAGAAGUGCAGCUUUGCGUUACAUAGACUAUAUGUUAUUUUACUCCAGCAGCGAUGUCUGAUGUUCAGGGAAGUUGUAGUUAGUUGAGAAGCCUGACCAAAGCCUAAUAAAUCAAGGUUUGGUUUUACUGUGUUUUUAUAAUCUAACGUUCACACGCUUCUAUUGUUGACCAUAAUUCAUGGCAAGCUCUUGAGACUUUUUAUUUUAAGACCUUCAUUUAGAGGGCUUUAAAAUGCAGAAUACCAUCAUAUUUCUUGUGUUUAUUUCUGUCAAAGGGAUAAAUGUGAAACCGUUGGGAAUCAGACUUAAUGGUAAUGGACUAUAAAGCAAUUCAGGCAGCCAAAUAAUACUGCAUUAAGAAAAGGUCACUGUUCUAUAGUUCUAUUAGUUUUAUUGGAUCUUAUUCACGUGACUAAAACUCACACUGUAACAAUCAGUAACUUGCUGAUUUACAGUUGUGCUCAGUUGUUUAUAUAUAUGAUCAUUAUGGACAUGACUUACAUGGCAAUAUUAGAUUUGUGCAUUUAAGUUCAGCAUUAUAGUACUGAAUAUGAUCAGAUUUAUUAUGAUUCUGAUUUAUCAUAUUUUUAACUUGACAAGGCCUCUUAAUUUCUGUUAAAUAUCAUGACUGGAUACAUCUGGUAGUUUAUCUGUGUCCACUACCACCAUUAAGCCCCAAAGUACUGUACCAACUGUUAAACAUGGUGGUGGAGGCAGCAUUAUGCACCACGUGUGCUUUGCUGCCAGUAUAACUAACUGGCUUAAUUGCAACAAGUGGAAUGAGUAAUCAAGAAGGAGGACACAGAUAUGAAUUAAAACAGGUCAGUGGUCCCAAAACAAGCAGGAUAAACAUUAAGCUUGUUGGAAACCCAGACGUUUUAUCAGUAAUAUGUAGACUCGGUGAGGUCAAAGCGGGUUCAGUGCCGACUUUUACUAUUCCAACAAAUUUAACUGACCAGAUUCUUGUUGUUUUUUUAUUUUUGUCUUCGAAAGAUAGUGAAGAAGUGUACUAUGUACAGUACCAGUCAAAAGUUUGGAUGGACCUUAAAUUCAGUGUUUCUUUGUUAGUUUAAAACUGUCUGCAAUGUACAUAAAUACUAAAAUCAUCUGAACUGUGAAGAAAAACAUAUGGAAUUAUUUAGUGAACAAAAAAAACACAAGUUUUAAACAAACCAGAAUAUGUUUUUUUAUUUUAGAUUCUUUAAAAUAGGAUCUCUUGCUUAGAUUAAACAGCUUUGAACAUCUUGGCUGCUUUAUGAGGUAGACUCACCUGGAUUUCAGGCUUUCAGUUAACAGCUGUGCUGAACUUAUUAAUAUUAUGGCAGGAACUACUCAACUAAGAAAAGAAAAAUAUACUAUUAAAAAACGGUCUGUCAAUCCAAAAAAAGAAGUUUGAAAGUAUCCUCAAGAGCAGUCACAAAGACCAUUUAAAAAUUUGAUGAUUAAACUGGCUCUCAUCAGAACAGUCCCAGGAAAGGAAGAGCAAGAGUUUCCUCUGUUGUACAGGAAAAGUUAAUUAGCAUUACCAGCCUCAGAAACGUUAAGUUAACAGCUCCCCAGAUAAGGGCACCUAAAUGCUUCACAUAGUAUUUUACUAUGUAAGGAAAGCUAUAAAAAAUAAAAAACAUUAAAUGAAAAGGUGUGUCCAAACGAUUGACUGCUACUGUAUUGCGCUCACUCUGCCCAAAAAAGAAACUGUUUAAAGAAAUUAAAUUAAAAUACCAAUAUUGCCACGAUUUUUAUGUUUAUGAUGAAUGUACAUAAACCUCUGAGCACUAAACACUGAACUUUCAGCAAUCUCAAACCUCACCUUUUUGUUUCCCUGCUAAACUUUUCAAGAACUGGGGCUCACAUGCAGAAUGCAUGUUUUAUGCUGAACACCUGAAUCAUUUUUAGGCCUGUAAAACCCAAUUCAUAGCUUAAAUACCCCUCCAUGUUUAGAUACAUAUAAAAAAUUCCAUCACUUUCUCAACAAAAAUCUACACACAGUUUACGUUAAAAAGAUGGUAGCAAAAUUGUGCGCUCAGAGUGGGUUUAUGUGAAAUUAUGAAUUGUAUGUAAAAUCAACAACAGUCAUGAUCAUGUCAUGAUGUCUACAACAAAAAUACAGCUAUUUUAUUUACAAUCCAAAGGCACCAGUGACCCUAAACAUCUACUGUGCUUUUAUAUGGACGAUUAGCUAGGAUAAAAUAGGGAUGAUAUGAGUCUUAGACGAUACGUUCUUAAAAAUAUAUAUAUAUAAAAAAAAUAUAAAAAUACAUUUUAGCCCAAGACUUUUGCACUGAUGUGCCCAAAGUCAUGAGAUAGUAUAUAAAUUGAUCACGAAAUGUCUUCUUGGGGGAUAGCCACAGUGUCACGUGUGUACCAGGAAUACAACAUGGAAGGCAUUACUACCCACAGUGGACAGUGCAUAAGUGAACAGACCAGUUUUAUUCACCAGUUUUAUACUAUAAACAACAGUUCUUUCUCUAGAAAAGUGCAUUUCACACCAAACCACUCUGAAUAAUUUUCAAUCUUUGUAUGUUUUUUAAAUCUUAGUUAUUCAGUUUUACAAAAAAUGUAAGCACUUGUGGAACUGCCCUUUUAAGACCUGCUAGGCCGAAAGCUUGGCUUGUUUGCUUGGUCCUGCGCUAUAUUACCAUUGUUAAUGUCACCAAGGCUUUCCGGCAAACACUUCCCCUGCCUUUACUUAGAGUUCCUGUUGUGAGUGAGUCGAGGUACUUUCCACGCCUGGAGAGCAGAAAAAUAAACAUUUCAGACACAAUUUCUCUGGUGAAAAAGGGAAUGGGGAAAAAAAAAAUAAUUUUCUGGUCAUGCCCUGGAAUCUUUAAGGCUGUAUUCAGACUGCAGGCAAAUCGGAUUCGUUUCCCAAAUCAGAUCUGUUUGGGAUGACUGUCUGCACUGUUAAUUCUUUUUUUUCUUUUCUUUUUUUUUUUUUUUGCAAGUGAGCAGAUUGGAUUUGCCUUUCUGGACAUGAUUGAUUGCAAUCGCAUUUUAAACCACCUCCAAAUGGGAUUUGGUUCUGAUUUGCCAAAAUGAGAUUUUAAUGUAGUUUCUGGCUGUCCAGACUAUCAAAAAUCUAUCUGGAUACAAUCUAAAUAAGCUAAAAAUUCACAUCCUGGCAGUAAAUCUAGCAUAAAUCGUAUUGACUGUAAACUGGAAUUAUUUUGGAGCCAUAGCUUCAACUCUCUUCUUGCUGUAAAAAGAGUCAAAAAAGGUUCUUAAGAGUUGCUGAAAUUUAGCUCUGAAUCAACAUGUGUCUAAGGCUGUGUUCAGACUGCAGACAAAUCAGAUUAGUUUCUCAAAUCAGAUCUGUUAAGAUCUGUUAAGAGCGUCUGCACUGUAAUUUUUUUGCAAGCGAUCAGAUUGAAUCUGCCUUUCUGGACAUCACAAACGUAUCUGCAAGAAGAGGUCAGCAUCAGUAACAGUAACUAACCUUUGGAGCAUGUAGAUCUGUACAGUUUCAAAUGUGAUUUCAUGUAGUUUUUGGCUGUGGCAUUUCAGUUAAUUUUCUUUUUGCGAUACAAAAAAAUACAGACUUUUCCAGAUUUCACCAAAAGUCUGUGAUCUAACAUGUUAUAAUUUUAAUGUGCACUCUGUGUAUGCAGGAUGGGAAAUGAUUUUUUUGGGGUCAAAACCAAACAGAUUUUAACAUUUUGCAAGAAUACUUUUUAAAAAUACUAUUUGUUUUAAGGGACAAAAUAUUUGAAUUAUGUGACAUUAUUUUACAUCUCACAUGAUAUUGCACACCCUGUAAUGUGACUAGUGCAUAUUCAUAAGCAUAUUGCGAUGACAAUACUAAAGCAAUAUACUGUGCAGCCCUAGUCCAGACUAUAAAAUCAAUCUGGACAUAAUUUAGGUUUGCCAAAAGUCAGAUUUGAGCUGGCAGUCUGAACACAGCCUAAAUAUCAUUGCUUUUAAACUGGAUUUAGAAUUUUUGCUUCAAAGUAAUACUCUGUUUAAAAUUAAAUAAGUAAAUAAAUAGUUAAAGGAGUGAAGAGAUGAAGUUGAGAUUUAAGUUGUUGUUGAACUAAAUAAACAACUUCUAUCCAGCUGAAAGUUCUGUCUUUAAACUGCGAAUCAGCCUCCAUCUGUUGUCGGAGAUCAUCUGUCUCAGUGUGGAUGGCGCCCUCUUGCUGUUUAGAAUGGGUACUGCACUGGAAUUUAUACAAAUGCUCAUUACAUCUCUCAACAAUCGCUUAUCUCUUCUUAUCAGCCCAUCUUGAUAACGUUAAGUGUUGUUGUGAAAAAACUGAAAAGAAAAAAAGUGAGGCACACAUGAAACAUGCACUUUUAGCCACAAAAAAAACCCUCAAUCAUAUUUUUUUUUAUACAAAACCCAACUCACCACCUUACCAGUGCACCGGAGUAAAAAAAUUCCCAUGGAUGUAAAUAUGCAAAGCGUAAAGAUUUCUGAAAGGACGCUCAGCUCUGUCCCAACACUUUCUUUUACUUUCUGUGUGUGUGUAUAUAGUGUGAGUUUGCGUUUUGAGUAUGUAACUGUUUUAAAUCAUCAUUCCACCUCAUCCAUCGUUCACGACCGUGCCCCCGCUGUGGGAGCACUAGCAGAGCUAAAGUUUUGACUAAAAUGCCAUUAUAGCUGAAAAGAGAUUUGAUUUUUGUUUUAAAUAGCAUAAUAAUAAUAAUAAUAAUAAUUUAAGUUUAAGUUAAGUGACUAAAGAAAGCAUAGAAGAGACUGGACUAUCAUCAGCUGGCAUUUACAUUUACAGAAUGCUGGAUUUGUGUGUACAUAACUUCAAAUAGGAACGGAUACUGUUCGUAUCUGACUUGUAGAAAAUCUGAUUUAAAAAAAAAAGAAGGCAUAAUUUGGUCUACUGUUGGAAAACCAGCCGUUGUAAAUAUAGAUAGACUUUAUUUUGUUUAUAAAAGUGUAUAAUUUAAAGGUGUACAUUUUUCCCUGUACGUUUUGUGGUUUUGAUUUUUUGAAGCAUAAUAAAACUGUUGUGUUCUUUUGCACCCCG